AUGUACGAAGGGAUUGACAACUUGAAAUCCCUUUACGACCGUGCCGGGAAGACUUUCUCCGGCGGUCCUUCUGCGGUACAGGAUGUGCCGCGUCGUACUGCUCAACCAGACCCAGUACGUCGAUCAUCAGUUGGGAGCGGGGCUCCCAAGUAUCCCAGGACGGGGGAUAGCCGCGCCACCGGACGAGAUAACUCGUCCGACGUCCGUUCACGUCGCGGUGGUUCAACAGCUGCUCAACUAGAUAGCGCUGGCCACCGCGAGAGUCCUCUAAUGGAGGUGGAGGAGGAGGAAAGACGCUCUCCACACGAUCAUGGGGAUCCGUGUGUUCCCGAGAGUUUCUUUGAUUGCGUAACGCAAGGGUUACGCGACGAUCUCGAACAUGAGCGGAAUAGGCGUCUCCAAAUGGCGGACACUGCCUCGAAGCAUCGAGCUGAGUUUUCCUUUGCUCAGCUUGAGAACGAGAGAUCUCUGACAUCUCUUCGUGACGAGCUAAGGGUAGCUCGUGGGAUUGUUGAUCGGUCUCGGGAUGAGGUAGCUGCUCUUCAGACCCUUGUCGAUGGCCACCAUCGGGAGCACAAGGCUCUCUGCGAGAUGCUUGAGCGCAAGGGCGUUCUUCAUCGGAAGAAGCAGCGUACUGAUGGUACGGCUUAA